AUGGCCACCAUCAGUGCUGACUUUGAUGACUCCUUCAGCACUGAGGACAGCUAUAGCUACAUCUUCUUAGACCCAGAGACCCCCACAGCCAAAGGCUUGUACUUUCAGCGGGCUCAGCUGCUCUGUGGCCCCGCGGCAUCAUGCCUCUACCUGAACCCCUCCCAGAAGGCCCUCAUCAACGUGGGGGGCAUCCAGUACGCCUUCCCCUGGAGCACCCUGGAGGAUUUCCCUGAGAGCCGCCUGAGUCGCCUGCGCUCCUGCACCACCCUGAGGGAGAUAGCAAAGUUUUGUGAUGACUACGACGAGAUGCGACACGAGUUCUUCUUCGACCGUGACCCUUUGGCCUUUAGGGCCAUCCUCAACUUCCUGGCCAAAGGGAAGUUGCGUCUGCUGCGGGAGGUCUGCAAUGUGGCCCUGCACAUUGAGCUGCUAUACUGGGGCAUCAACUUAGGACAGAUGGAGGUCUGCUGCCGCCAACGGGUGAUCCACUGCGUGGAAGACGUGGCCGAGCACGAGCGCAAGGAGGAGGAGUGGCGCGAGAGGCGGAGGGCGCUGAGGGCUUCUGUGGCUCAGGGCGGCCUGUUCAGCAUGCUGGGAGAAGCCGUGGAGAACCCUCACUCAGGUGCAGCAGGGAAGGUGUUCGCCUUCCUGUCCAUCUCCAUGGUGGUGGUCACUGUGGUCAGCCUGUGCAUGAGCUCCAUGUCAGACCAGCAAGAGGAAGAAGCCAUGGGUAAAUGCUCCCAAAAGUGUCGCAACCUGUUUGUGGUGGAGUCUGUUUGUGUGGCUUGGUUCUCCAUUGAGUUUCUCGUGAGAUUUCUCCACACACAGAGCAAGCUUGAGUUUGCCCGCGGCCCUCUGAACAUAAUCGAUGCUGUUGCCAUCUUGCCCUUCUACGUCUCCCUGCUGGAUCUCAGGUCUGGGCCUGUUGGGGACACCGAGGACGGUACAGGAAAGAGCACCCUGGAUAAACUGGGUCUGAUCCUGCGUGUGAUGAGGGCCCUGCGGAUCCUCUACAUCAUGAGACUGGCCCGCCACUCUCUGGGUCUGAAGACCUUGGGGCUGACUAUCCAGCGCAGUGUGACGGACUUCGGCCUGCUGCUGCUCUUUGUGUGCGUGGCUGUGACUCUCUUCUCUCCACUCAUACACCUGGCUGAGAGUGAGCUGGCCCCCCACGCCGCCAAGUCCCCCAUGGUCAGCUUCAGCAGCAUCCCAGCAUCGUACUGGUGGUCCAUCAUCGCCGUCACCACGGUGGGGUACGGCGACAUGGUGCCACGCAGCGUACCGGGCCAAGUGGUGGCACUGAUCAUCAUCUUGUCAGGGAUCCUCCUUCUGUCGUUCCCUUCCACUUCCAUCUUCCUCAAGUUCCAACACACCUACAGGGAGAUGAAGGAGGAGCACAACCGGCUGUGGAAGGAGGAGAGGGGCCACGAGCUGGCCAGCGAGGCGGAGGAGAGCAUGAGAGAAAGAGACAGUUGGCCGGAUAACUGUCCAGAAAGAGACAUAUUACCUCGUCUUAUGACCUUGUAA